GUUUUGCAUUUAAAACAAAAAAUAAUUUUAAUACUUUUAUUUUGUUAAGUUUACUCGAUGUUAUUGAGUAUAAAUUCCUCCAGACUUAAUGGAGCCAAAACCCACAUUUGUAACUAGAUCGGAAUGCACACGAUAGAAUCGUACGCGAAGUUGUGUGUAGGCCCAAAACAAGAUUUCAUUUCUUAAUUAUCAGUUUUAAGUGAUUCCAUUUCUUUGUUAAAUAUUAGUGUAAUAAUUUCCCCCGAAUUCCUAUUUUGCAUCUGUUGAUUUCUCGCAUAAUUCAACUCGAUUUAAUAAAUCAACGUGGAAAUAAGGGAAGUGUGCGAUUUGGUCAAUCUGCCAUGAUAGAUCAGAACGCGUCUUCUUUGCAGUGAGAAAAAAGUCGGUAAUCAUUAGCAAAAUGCGAAAUUUAUGCUUUUCGGAGCAGAUAAUUACGUGAAUGCAAAAAUUACAGAAUGGUGGUAGAUUGCUUGUCAGUUCAGGGCUCGAUAGCUGUAGCGAGGAAGCAGGAGAGAAGAUUAGGCACCUCUGUCAAUUCCAAAAUGCAGCCUAAUGUAGGUACAAAUGGUGGUGGGAUGACACCCAAAGAACUUUCUGAUAAUGACGACCUAGCUACUUCCCUCGUAUUGGAUCCUUAUUUAGGAUUUACCACUCAUAAAAUGAAUGUCAGGUAUAGGCCUUUAAAAGCGAAUAAGGAAGAGCUUCGGAAAAUUAUCAAAGAGUUCAUCCAAACCCAAAAUUAUGAAAAAACCUACAAAAAAUUAAUUGGAGGUGAUUGGGGAGCUCGUCUACCUCAUACAAAAUCGAAACAACAACAAGGGAACUUAAAGGAACACAUAUACCGAUAUUUAAGGGUUUUCGAUAAGGAUUCUGGAUUUGCUAUUGAGGCUUGCUACAGAUAUUCCUUAGAAGGUCAAAAGGGUGCAAAAAUAAGCGCAACUCGUAAAUGGUUGAAACACGAUGAAAUUCCUUGUCUCGUGGGAUGCAUCGCAGAAUUGACGGAAAAGGAGGAAGCUGCUUUAUUACAUCCGGGAAAAAAUGACUUUUCAGUCAUGUUUAGUUGCAGAAAAAAUUGCGCUCAACUUUGGCUUGGUCCUGCAGCAUACAUCAAUCAUGAUUGCAGGGCAAAUUGCAAAUUUGUUGCAACCGGUCGAGAUACAGCUUGCGUUAAAGCCUUACGAGAUAUUGAAGCAGGCGAAGAAAUCACUUGUUUUUAUGGCGAAGAUUUUUUUGGUGAUGGAAAUUGCUAUUGCGAAUGCGAAACCUGUGAAAGGCGUGGAACAGGCGCAUUUGCUAGUCAAAAACUUGGAGAUGAUCAAUCAUCUGGUUAUCGGCUACGUGAAACUGAUAAUCGUAUAAACCGGACAAAACAUCGACAACAACCAUUGAACAGAAACAAGCAACCUCAAAUAGAAAGCACUCUCACUGAGAAAAAUGAAUUAUUAGUUGGAAAUGCUGCGGUAACGCCUCAAUCGUUAUGCAUGAAAGAAAGAAGAAAAGGCCUGACUAAAUACGAUGCCGAACUUAUAGCACAAGGAUGUCGAUUCUCUGAUAUUGCUCAACAACAACCACUUUUGUUGAAUAAUGAAGAGAAUUCACAAGAAAAUCAACGACAACAAAAUAAUAACAACGCUGUCGCUGGAUCGGCAACGAGAAAUCUACGCAAUAAGCAAGUUAAUAAGACUGAACGAAAUAAUAAUAGAAAUAAUAUGAAGCGUUUUAGUGCUUCACGACUUCAAAAGAAAAGGGGUAGAACAAAUCAAAAUAAAAGUUCAUCUUCAUUGCUUGAUGAUUUAACAGAGGAUCAUAGUGAAAUUGAAGCAUCACACAGAAAAGAAGAUUCCGAUCGAGUAUCAAAAGAACGAGAUUGUGCAUAUUUAAAUUCUCACAAUCAUCACAUGGAAAAUUCAAUUAGAGAUGAUGAAAGUCAAAUUCCAAAUUUAAGAUCAGCUGCCACAGGAAAUUACAUUCCCAAGCAACGUGGAUGCAAUAAUUUCACCGAUAGAUUGUCAGCUCACUGCCCCUCAAAUUCAGAAGCUCACAAUAAUAAAAACAAAACCUCUGAACAUUCCUCAUAUGAUAAAGAACAUCAUUCUUCGUUUGAGGAGAAUAAAAGUUUUGCUCAUUCGAAACUCUACAAUACACAAAAUUUAGAUAAAAAUGAAUCUGUUUUACAAACAAAAAAUGGACAUAGCAAUUAUCUUUGUGUCAGUACAUGUAAAAUUGAACGCUGUGAUCAUGAAGUGCUGAACGUAAAUAGACUCAAAGAUUCAGCAUCACCAUCUCGAACAGAUGAAUCGUUGAACCAAUUUUUUUACGAUAAAAAAGUCACUAAACACAAUUUGAGAGAUUCAAUGCCACUUGAUCCAAAUUGUCGAAAAUCGCCAGUACAUGGAAAAGCACCGAAAAAUUCAACUUAUCUCAGUGAAACAAAUCAAUCUGAUGAUUUUCAUAUGAAAAAUUCUUUAGGCCUAUCAAUGGAGACAUUUAGCGAUGAUCUUGUAAAAUAUGAUCAAGAUAAAAAUUCCAUUAUCAAUUCAAUGGAACCAUCAAUUGCUGAAGGAUUUCAUGAGAUAAAUUCACUUGAAAGUAGUUCAAAUAAUGAAUUAUCAAAAGCUAAACUUCAUCGAAUAUCCGAAUCGGAAAUAGAUACAGGAAUUGAUAAUUGUGAUCAAACAAAUUUUGACGAUUCAAUUGAUACAAAAAAAUCCGAAGAUAAUCGAAAUUUAACAUUAAAAAGAUCAUUACCAAAACGAAGUGAAUAUUUCGAUGUUGCUUUACGUCCACGAAAAGAACAAAAAACAAAAUCAAGUCGAAAAUCAACGAAGUCACGUAAUAAAAAAUCUCGAAGUCGUUUAACAACAGGAACAAUAUCAACGUCUAGUAAAAAGAAACUUGCUUAUGUUGCAAAUCCAAGCGGUAGAUUAACAAGAAGUCAAAAAAAAGAUGUCGAUAAAAUUAUUAAUACAGCUGUUGUUGGAGCAGCAGCCGACGAUGAUUCGGGCAUUCAGGGCGAUAUUUAUGAAUUUAGCGAAAAGGACAGUAAUCUUGAGAGUGUUAGUUUGUCAUCGGUUAUGAGACAUAAAUUUGACAGACGUUCUCCAAUUCAGGAGACAAAUUUACCAGAAGAUAUGGGAAUACCAGAAGAAACAAAACCAGAAAUUAAGGAAGAAAUUAAAAUUGAGAAGAAUUUAAUUUCUGAAGAUCAAUGGACUAAGAGCAGCUCACAGGAACAGAGUUAUAACUUUAAUAGCAAUAAUCCGUCUAGAAAAAGUUCUAUUAAAAUUGAAGAGAAGCCGAAUGGGAUCGUCAUUCAUAACGAGAAAAGUUUUCUGAAAGUUCCUGCAUUGCCAAAUUAUCAAUGGCAAAAUGGAAAUUCGGAUUGUCCAGCAUAUCCAACAACACCUGAGAAAACAAGUGGAAGAUUGAAAUUGACAUUGCGUAUGAAACGAUCACCAGUUGUGGAUGAUAAUAUGGAAUCGGGUACAAGUCUCAGUGAAGAUAGUUAUGAGCCCGAAUAUGAAGUUGUUGAAGUCGAAGGUGUUGAAAAUACGAGGCGACGAAAAAAACAUAAAACACGAAAUCGCGAGAGGCGACACAAAAGACGUGGACUCGAUUUUAAUCCACCCCCACCACCUGUUAAAAGGCUACGAUUGCUUUUGGGAAAUGAGUCAAUCUCAACAAUUGAUUUGUCUCAUUCUUAACAAUUAAGUUUCCCCCAGCUUGUAAUAACAAAGCAUCAUUCUUCUAGAUAAAACGUUAGCAGAGCUACGAAUUUUUAAAUUCCAUCAUUGGAACAAGUUAUAUAUAUAUAUAUUAUAUUUAGCUUAGAAUUAUUUAAGUUAUAUGUGUCAGAAAAUGAUUUUCGUUCUUAAAAUUGAAAUUAAUCUUUGCAAGCAAUGAAAAUCAUUAAUGAUCGAUCACAUUACGAUUGGAAUGAACUUUUACUUUUGCUUUUUUUUUCUAGUGAAUUUCACACUUUGUGUGUUUAAAAUUGUAUUUGUUAAAGAAGAAGUGUUCAACGGAACAAUAAUACAGUUCUACUAAUUGUUUCACUAAUUUUAAAUACCUAUAUGUGUUCGAUGCAACAAUAACGUUCAUUCCAAUCGUCAAUCUGUAAUAUUGCAGUUUGUAAGAGUGAGAUCUGUAUAUUUUUGUUUUGUAUGUACAUUUAUUCUUAAAUUGAGUAAUUUAGAUGUUAGAAGUCCACUUUCUUUUAUCUAUCUUUCAAAUCUAAUUUGGUUAUUGUUUUCCGACGUAUAUUUAUAAAGGAGUUCGUCGUUUUUUCUUAUUCUUUAGAAAAAACGAAUGAUAAUAAUUUAUAAAUUGGUUUUUUAGCGUGAUUAUAUUUUCUUAUAUCCUGCACAUUAUUCGUGCAGGAAAGAUAAAAAAAAAUCCAAUGAAGGAUUUUCCACUGUUUAAAUUGGAUAAAUUAAUUCAAAUCGUGUUAAAGUUAUCAUUUAUAUAUACAUAUAUAUAUAUAUUGUGAUACGUAAAAGUGAUUUGCUUUUCAAAUUAAAAGUGUAGUUUUUAUUUUUUGUGCGGGAAAAAAAAGAAUGAAAAUGUACGAAAAUUUUAACAUUGACUCGAUUUGAAUUAAAUGACAUGGUAUUUUUUCGAAAAAGAAAUACAAAAAAGAAACGUCGGAAAUUCCAUCAUUUGCGCAUACUUAUACUAUGUAUAAAUAAUUAUCCUGUAAUAAGUAAUUUAGCUAAAUAUUAGGAAUGAUUAAUUAUUGAGCCGAAGAGCUUAGUUAGAUUUUACAUGGAAUUGUAAAUAGCGCUUAAGAUUAACGAGUUCAUGACUGUAUUCAGUAUUUUGUUAUCACUUAGUGUAUACACAUACCGAAUACAAUAUUGAAUAAGUGACUAAGUAUUAUCUGCAAAAUUGAGAAAUAUGCAAUAACGCCAGUUUUUUUUUGUCCGAAAAUUUAUCAGUUUUUCAUCUUAAACGAAUUUCUGAAAAUAUUUUUCGACUACUUUUUGAAAUUAUAAUUAUAAGUUAUUAAUUUUUUUUUUAAUUCGCAAUUAUUUUACGACACUAACGCUUUUAUUAUCUCGUCCAAAGAGGCACAAACUUUUAAUACUUUUAGAAAGUGAAUAUCUUGUUUUUGUAUAUUUAUUUUUUUAAAAUUGUAUUUUGCGUUCUUCGGAAUUUUUAAAAUUUACUUUUUUUUUAAAUCUAUUUAUUAAAUCUGGUUAUUUUUAAAUGAAAAAAAAGUUAGAUUUAUUGUUAAUGAUUUUUAAUUGAAAGUUUUUAACAAAAUUUUUUUUUUCAAUUUUUAAUCAUAACAUGAAUAUUUCUUAAUGGAAUUUUAUUAGAACUUGAAAAAAAUAUGAAUUAAAAUUUAAUUUUUAUUAAAAGUUGCAGUAGAUGUGCAAUAUUUUUUUUUGCAUAUAUAAAAACAAAUUUUGGUAAUAAAAGAAAGAAACGAAAUAAUUCAGCAUCGUUUGAAAAUACAGGCAAGACCUACAUAAAUAAUUGAAAAUUCAUUUUGAAUUUCAAGAAAACAUUCACUGAGAAUUAUUAAUCUCAACUUGUUGGUAUUGAAUAAUUAUCUUAAGCAUAAUGAUAAUUGUAAUAAACAUCACGUUAUGAAUUAACUAUUAUACAUGGCGGAUAAGAAUUGUAUGUAUAUUAAUUAGUACCUAUUUGAAUCGUGAUUGAUGGAAAAUUGUAAUUGUUGUAAAUAAUUAUUUACUUCAUUAAUUGUUAAAAUUGAUAAUUGCAAUAGUUAAUAUAGACAAAAAUAUCACGAAGUUUCUUUUUAUGAUAUAUGACCUAUUAUCACAUUUCAAUAAAAUAAAAUGCUGAAUUUUUUUCCUAAAAUUAAGAAAGUGUAUGCUUUAAUUCUUAAACAAAACAUAUAUUUUCCAAAAUUGGAGAUUGAAAAAAAAUGCUUGCAAAAGCUUCUGAAAUCGCACUUUGUAAAUUGAUUGAUUAUUUGGAGUUAAUAAUUUAGGGAAAUUGAAACAUUUUUCAGUACUGCAGCGUUAUUACAAAUAUAGUAUAAAAUGUAUACAUAUAUAUAAAUAUAUUAUAUAUACAUCAAGCUAAUUCUCGAAUACCAUUAUAUAAAUGCGAUAGAAUAAUUAAAAACUAUCAGAUUUUUCCGGUGAAAAUCUGACAAAAAAAAAAUCGUCGCGACACUUUUGUGAUAAUCAUCCCCUCCUUCGUUUUAAAUAUAGCCCAUAAUUAAUCCAUUUUGUAUAGUGACAAUUUUCUUAGAUAAAGAAAAAACAAUAUUUCAUGUCUCAGCAUUGCCAAGGGGAUCGAAGACUUUGAAAACAAAGUAUUCAAGCUGAUGUAACAAAACAUUACCAUCAAGUAAAAUAGAACAGUUAUCCAUAA